CCUCCGGCCACACUGUGACCCCUGGGGCCUGAACUCGGUGGUCAUGUGACCAGGCUGAAACUGACCAGCAGGGCUGAGCCUGAGAGGAGGAUCAGUGAGAGUCAGAACAGAGGGCAGCAAGCUGUGAGAAAGGAGCUGGAGAAGAGACAGCCAUGAGGCCUGGGAUGUUCCUCAGAAGGAUACGUGUAUGAAUGGAUGACAGGGAGACCGGGCGAGACAUGAGAUGGAUUCGUGGGAAGAUGACCAGGCUGAGCAGCGCUCUUGUCUCAUUUGUGGAGACCGCGCCACAGGACUGCACUAUGGCAUUAUUUCCUGCGAGGGCUGCAAGGGCUUCUUCAAGCGCAGCAUCUGCAACAAGCGCGUCUACCGCUGCAGUCGCGACAAGAACUGCGAGAUGUCGCGCAAACAACGCAACCGCUGCCAGUACUGCAGGCUUCUCAAGUGCCUGCAGAUGGGAAUGAACCGCAAAGCAAUCAGAGAGGAUGGCAUGCCAGGAGGAAGAAAUAAAAGCAUCGGUCCCGUACAGAUUUCCGAUGAAGAGAUUGAAAGGAUUAUGUCGGGACAGGAGUUUAAGGAUGAAGCCAACAUGCCAGAACACACUUGGGGGAACAACGGAGACAGUGACCACAGUUCCCCUGGCAACGGCGUCUCCGAUGGCAACCAGCCGUCGCCUGUAUCCACACUUUCAUCCAACCGUUCUGUGGAGCUAAACGGCUACACCGCUGCUCUGAGAGAGCAGUACAUUGGUAACGCUAUGGCCCAGCACUAUCAGUUCUUGCCUCAUAUGUUUGGAUACCCUGCACAGCCGCGGAGUCUGUACCCACAGAGCCAUACCCUCAUCAGCCAGCUGGUGGCAGCAGAGGAACUGGCCCCGCUUGGCACCCCCAUGCUCAUCGAGGACGGAUAUCGGGUCACUCAGGUGGAGCUCUUCGCCCUGUUGUGCCGACUGGCGGAUGAACUUCUGUUCAGACAGAUCUCUUGGAUAAAAAAGCUUCCGUUCUUCUGCGAGCUGUCCAUCGAGGACUACACGAGGCUCCUGAGCGCCACCUGGCAGGAGCUCAUCCUGCUGGCCUGUCUGACCGUCUACAGCGCACAGGUUCUGGGAGACCUCACCAAUGUGACCGACAAAUACACACCGUCAGACGACGAGCUGCAGAGUUUCAGUGAGGAUGGGAUGGAGGUGAUGGAGAAGCUGAUCUAUCUGUUUCGUAAGUUCCAUCAGCUGAAGGUCAGCAAUGAGGAGUACGCCUGCAUGAAGGCCAUCAAUUUCCUCAACCAAGAUAUCCGCGGCCUGACUAACGUGACUCAAUUGGAGCAGCUGAACAAGCGUUACUGGUACGUUUGUCAGGACUACACCGAGUACAAGUACCCUCACCAGCCCAAACGCUUUCCUGAGAUCAUGAUGUGCCUGCCGGAAAUCCGCUGUAUCGCAGGAAAGUUGGUCAAUAUUCCUCUGGAGCAGCUCCCUCUGUUGUUCAAGGCGGUAUUGCACUCCUUUAAGUCAAGUUUGAACAACUACAGGACAGGCUCCUCCCCCUGCGUGACAAAGGGUACCGCCCCUUCCAAUUAACGCCCCUCAACACGCCCUCCCCACCUAUUGCACGGGGGCGGGGUGUUAUUCGGGGUGGGACUCCGGGUACCCCACUCCUCUCGUGAAUGUGACAAGAUACUAUUUUAUGCAUUUGGUUUAGUGUAGUUUUGUUUUUAUGCCUCUCUAUUUAUUACCAGACAGAGCUGAAUGUAUGUCGAUCCACACUGUGCACAUGCUUGUUUUUCAAAUGAAAAUGCACAAAAAGCGCAGUGGAUUUCACACUUCAGUCCAACUGCGAUAUGUGACGGUGUCACCACUGAUCAGAUUAGAUCUACUGCUAGGUUUUAUUUUGGACCUUUGUUCACUUUUUGGGGAUGCCGAUAGGGACAGAACUUGUUUUAUUGAAAAACUACCUCAGGAAGAAAGUGUUUCACGUACUGUUUUUAGUGUGCAAUGCUCCAUGCUGAUCAGUUGUGCGUGUUGCACAGCAGUCGUGAAACAUGUGGCCCUGUGGUUUUAUCUUCCUUUAUAAUGCUGUGAUAGAGAGCGUGAUUGUUUACACAGAAGAGAGAUGUACGGUUUCACAAUCAUAGGCUGGGGAUGAAAUGAGGAUUUUACUUGACUACAGAAUAUGUCUGUUAAUGUUUUAUUGAUUUUCUUUUUGACCAAAGUGUUAUGCAAGUUUGGGUGGAAGUGAGUUUAUAUACAGUCUCAAUUUCAUUUAGGUAAAUUAAUUCCAGCGCUAAAAUGACUUUCAGCUGCACGCUCCAGACGGUUUGCACUCAGUCUGACAAUGAGGUGUGGUUUGUUUUAUUAGAAUUGACCAUUUCACGGGUAUUCGCCCUCAUUACUAGUAUUAUCACAGUAAUAAGGAAGCUAUACCGAUAUUUAUCUGUUGAAAGAGCAGUCAUGUCCUUCAAAACAUGCAUGCUGGGUACGUUUUCCAAAGCGAAUCCUCACCCGCCCUUUCACAUGAAAUCAAGAUCGUAAUUUAUUCGUUAAAACUCGGUGUGUUGAAUUUUUAGCAAGCAGCAUAGGUCGGGUUUGCUGCUGGUUCCUUCCCUCACGUUUUAAACAGGGUAAAGUUACCGUUUUUAUCGUUCGCUCACAGAAGACAAAGUGCUGACGUACUUGUAGCUUUAGUAGUGUGUAGUUUUCCGGACAUCGUAGGUCCUUUUAGAAGCUUUUUUGUUUGUUUUGAUUUUUAAUCCAAACGGGGAGGGGGGGAGUGUUGUUUCAAAUGGUACGUUAUUUCGUUUGGUUUGAGGUUUACCGUAAACGCGAGAAAAGUAAGAGACAUGAAUGAGAUGCUAAUUUAGCUAGUCCAGCUACGACAAGCUAUCCGACGUCUUGGAGAUUUGGAUACGUUUCGGUUCUUUUCUUUCGUUCUUACCAAGGCAUCAGUGGAUGUGCUCGCUGUAACUCUCAUCAUUUCAGACAUUCCAGACAUGUUUAGAUAUGCGUCGAGUAUUGUUUACAUAUUUGCACCUGACAAUGACUCAAGGGGUCCAUACCAAAGAUGUGUGGCCAGACAAGUGCAGCUAAAGCUGGGCGGAAACACUUGGCUCUGCCUUUUUCGUUUUGAUUUUCUUGUCGAGUUUGUGCAUUUUUAAAUGAAAUUUUCCCGCUCUGGCCGUGCGCUGCUUUGCGUGUCCUUAAUCCUAAACGCUGCUCGACACGCAGUUCAUGGUUUCAUCCAGCCCGCAACGCGUUUGUUUGUAUUCCGUUGUUGUUUCGCUUUACGUGUUGUUUACUCAUAGAUAUCGUGAAUGUUUUCUUUUCUCGUGGGGGUUUGUUUUGGAGGGCGAGCAAGCUAAAUGUUGACUCUUCUAAUAGACUAAACUCCCGAUACGGCAGGUAAAACUCCAAAACACGCUGAACUAAAGCGCGAUAGUACAGUAAGUGUUUUACACAACAUUGCCUACGUAAGAACAGAGUUGUAGGUGUCUGGAACAACCUCAGAUUUUCGCAAACGAAGCUGCUGAAACACCGGGUUUUAUUCUUUUAUUAUAUUAAACGUUAUAAUAAAAAAAUACACUCCUCGAAUCUCAGCUAACGGGCGUAAUGGUUGUAAAGGAUGCCGGCUAAAGAAGCAGAUUUGCAGGAAUAUCGGCCUGGUUCUCUGUAAGGAAUUGCAGGGAUUUUCAGAUCCAUAUCAAUUUAUUCCUAAAGACCUAAUAUCUGACCCUGUUUUGUGUUUUUCCAUCAUCGUUUGACUGUACAUCCUCAUUUGCUCCUUUUUAUACAUUUACAUUGAAACUACCUCUUGUGUGCGUCAUCAUGUUGCGUGCUUUCAUCAGGAUAAAGUAUUAAUCGUUAUUUAUCGGUUUCAUAGCACCAGUGACCCCGUUUCUUUGUGUGUGUCAUAUUCCAUUUUAUAACCUUCACAGAUUGAGCUAAAAACAUAGUUUCCACCUUUUCAUGUCCGGUCGUUGGCUCGCAAAAUAAAGAUGCUUUCUCGUUCAUUUAUGUGGUAAACCGGGUGCGUGCGUUCGGUGACGUCAAACACACAUCAAAUGCUUGCGUUUCCUUCAUUCUUCAAUGAAGACCGUUUCUCAGUGCAAUUAUAACAGUGUGACAUGAACAGUAUUAUAUUCCUAGUUGUAAACACUGUAUGUAAAUUGUUUUCAUAUGAAGAAUGUAUUUUAUUGUGUUUUCUCAACUGUUUACGUUUUUUGUCAAUUCAUCCUAAUUGUUUUAAUGCUUUGACACUUUUUAGCCAAUCAGAUUUCUUUCACUUGAUUGUUACGGGUAUACUGAUUGGUUAUUGAAAGACUAUCAAAGUGCUGUCGGUUUUACCUUUGGACUCCAUAGACAGGGAAACUUCUUACAAUCUUUAUACGGUUCUCUGUGGAAUUAUUCUUAAUCAAAUGGGUGUUUUGUAAGAAGAUACACUGGUGAAUGUUGGGGCUUGAGCAAACCAUAAGAAGCCAGAUGAGAGGUUUUGAAGCAUGGGUGGUAUCUCAGGGAAUAGACACGCUCGUGGAAACCCAUCAGCACGUAUCAUGGAUAAACAUGCUAAGCGGUCUGUAGGCCUUUAAUUGACCUCGGAGUGAAAGAAAAUGUUAGAUGAUGUUUUGCCUCGGUGUGUUUUCGGGAGCGUCGUUUGAGGUGUUUUUCCUAACCCGUGUCAAAAACCUCUUGCUCUGCUUCACUUUGACUACCUGUGAAGAAUGUGACCCAUAUGUGUUAUAAAAAGCAUGUUUAGAAUGUUUUAGGACUUGAAACCAAAUAAAUGUGAAUCUUAUGC